UUCUAGGGGAGUGGGACGAAAACACAGCAAAGUUUGACAGGAGAGGAGUUAGAAUGAGAAAUGGUUACUUAUGUUUAAAAUAGUUUCUUCCGUUGCUGUAUUCGUUAAAAGUUAUUAACCGGCGAGUCUUAUGAGUUUGUGUACCGCGAAGAUGUCUAAAUGAGCCUUGUUUUCCGUUCUGAGGAACUUGAAGUACAUGUUAGCUUAUUGUUAGCCUGUUAGCGGAGCCUGCUAAAGGAACUAACUGGAGUACAUGCAUGUGGGAAGCACGUUUUCUACCAAGUCUAUGAGACCGCAUGCAGUUUUGGCAUGAAGAAUCUCGUCGCUACCACACAGAGCUCAAAGAUUUCAAAAAGUUAACUACUGAGACCAUGGAUGGGCUGAGGACUGAGCACAGCGUGCUGUUCAAGGAUCUGGAAGGAGCUGCAGUUCAGAUGGACCGGGUGGAGCGAGCGAUGGACAAUGUGGAGACCCAGACUUCACCUCGGGCCUGUGCGAAUAAGGCAGACAAGGUGGUGGAGCAGGGAAUCUGGGGGCUGGAGGAGAGCAGAGGAGAGGAGGAAGAAGAGGAAGAAGACUGGGAGGAGCUGCACUCCAAAGUGUCUGACUGUGUUGAAAUCAUUUCUGGCAUCAGAUCAGUGAAGAUUCUAAAAAGACUGGGCAGUCCCAAGGGGAUGUGGACCAGAGACCCCAGGUCAUCCAGAGUUUAUGUCUUUAAUGGGACAUCGGGAGAUGUUAUCUAUCAAUUUGACUCUGUGCAGGACUUUUCACGCUCUUCAGGAGUUGAAGAGGGCAGCAAACAGAUCCAGCUGCCCUUUUCAUGGAUUGGUCCUGGCAGUGCUGUUUAUAACGGCUGUUUGUACUACUUAAAACAGGAGGCUGGUGCAGACAUACAGGUGGUCAAAUACGACCUGCUUAGCGGCUCAGUGACAGAUACUGCCAUGUUCCCCGUGGACAGCCAUGCUACCGUUUACAACCUCAACCCUGAGAUUGUUGCAGACCUUGCAGUAGAUGAUGAGGGCCUCUGGCUGCUGUAUGCCAAUAGUGACAGCGAGCCGAACAUCAACCUUGCAAAAAUGGACCCUGCCACACUUGAUAUAGAAGAAAUAUGGGACACCAGGUGCCCAAGGGAACAUGCAGAGGCAGCUUUUGUGGUCUGUGGCACUGUCUAUGUUGUUUAUAACACGCGCCUGCCCAGCCGGUCACGGGUUCAGUGUGUGUUUGAUGUCAACGACAUGGUGAUCAGCGAGGAGGCUCCACUGCUCUACUUCCCUAGAAGGUACGGAGCCCAUGCCAGUCUGAAAUACAAUCCCGAGGAAAAACAGCUAUAUGGCUGGGACGAUGGCUACCAAAUCAUUUACAGAUUGACCAUGAAGAGGAAACUCCUGGUUUGACAGCAGGGAAGUGGUGUCGGGUUUUCAAAUCAAAGGUAAACUUGUACAUGUGAUCCUCCCUCCCAUGAUUUAGUCCCUUGCAUUGAAUUGUGGGACUUCCACUUUCACUGAAGAAGCAUCUGCGGACAUCAAUACAAAGCAUGUCUAACUUAGCUGGCUGCAGGUCGUGAACAGGAUAUUGUUGUCAAUCAAACGUGGGGCAGAAAUAAGUCAAGCUUUUACUUAAAACAGCAUGAUGUGAUCAUGUCUUAUUUUACUGUUGGAUCAGUGGUUUUAACAAUGGUGUUUUGUGUCUAUUUAUCCUUUGAGAUAAACAAAGUCCUGCUCUACUUUUUUUUAAGCAUGCUUGAAUUUAUUCCAAUGCAAGUGAUCAUCAGGGAUGAGGUCAGUAAAGUAUCUAAAAUGCUACUGUUUAAUUACUUACACAUGUUCUGAACUUUUGUAUUUAGGCCCUGAGCACUCAGUGGUGGGAGGAACUAUUGAAAUUCCCCAAAGGAUCAUAUUUUUGAGCUACAAAAACAUUGGUGAAAAUGAAUAAAAAUUGGCACACAACAUUUUAUAAAAUACGUAAAAGUGAUGCAAAAUGGCUCAGUACUAAGCCAAAACUAAGUUGCACCAAAUUUCACGAAAUUUGAUGGGAUCAUCUCACAGCCCAAGAAGAGACUUGUAACUUCGCUGUACAUUGACCGAUUGAAACUCUAUAUUUGACAUCGAACAUGUUUACGAACAUGAAUUUAACCCAACCGGAAGUCAGCCAUUUUGAAUUCAACCAGCGUGUGGCCACGAAACAGGAAGUGCCCUUUAAAUUUGACAUACUGAACGAUCUGCUUGAAACUUCAUACAUGGGACAAGAGAUCCUGAACGCGUCUACAAACUUGACCUUGAGCCAACAGGUGCAAGGUGUGCAAGCUGUGACCUCCCAACAGGAAGUUAGCCACCCGUAACAGGAAGUGCCCUUUAACUUUGCUGUACAUUGACCGAUCUGCUUGAAACAUCAGCACAUAAACUGAGUCAAGAGCAAAGUGCCACCUGCUGGCAGUGUGGCACCUUCGGUGGCCCGUACACAGCUUAAAUUGUAUUUGUAUUUUUAUCAGCCUUUUGUAUUUUAAUAGAUGUCGGGCCUUUGGGAUGCCUACAUUGAACCACUGAAGUGGUUUCCAACCAUGGUGUCAGUGCAAUCUCAUAUACAUCUCUGAUCAUAAAAUCUUUCAAAAUGAUUCCUACAAAAUUGUCAGUGCUGUAGACAAAUGUAAUCAGCUCGAAUGCCUCUCUUUUAUUAGCCACAGUGCAACUCUUGAACUCUACAGAACUCAUGUAGACACUGGCUCAGUGAAAGUAAGUCCCACUAAUUAUUGAUGCAAGGUACUAUAUAGUCAGGCAGCAGUAAUUAGGUGGAUACAACAAUCUAUGUCACCACUUUUACACUGUAUUUACCUAGUACUUUUUAUAUGGAUCACAGAUAACAUGCAUACUUAAAAAAACUGUAUGUAUACAUUUAUCUUUUGAAAUACUUGGUACAUUUUAUUCCUUUUGUUUGUGUAAAAUACCAGACAAAUGCCAUUCACUUUAUUAGAGUGUUAUGUGUACUCUCAUUUAAUCCAUGUAUUGACUCAAUAGUAAUCUUGUUUCAGUUGUGUUGCCCCCUCUCGCUGCUUGUUAAGCCACUGGCUGUGUUGUUGUUAUUAUGUGGUGUGUUUAUUGCAAAAAUAACAACACUGAAGCCAUUUUGCAUAAGUCUUUUAAUCAAAGGAAAGAAAAAGUCAUGUCACAGAACUGGUAACACAUCACACCCCAUUGGAGAAGAUAGAACAAAUUAUUUUCUGAUGUUUAUUAUCAGACAUGUUGAAACAGAAGAAGGACAAUUUGUGGCUGUGUGAAAUUUAGGUUUACUUUAUUACACACUGGGUCACUCGUGAGUCCUGAUAAUGAAUGAAUGGAUAGACUCAUGAUAGACUUUCGUCUGAGCUAACAACUGUUGGUGUCAGUCACCAGCACAUUUUCUCAAACAUUUCUGUACUUACAAAUACAAAAUGCUCGAUUAAAAAAUUGGAAAGUCAGUGCUAUCAUAACAGUUAGAAGGGAUACAAGAUCAUAACAAGAAACGGUACAAUAGUAGGCAAAGCUAGAGGAUUUGAGACAGUCCAUAAACUGAGGCAAUUGAUUUAACAGGUUUCAUCUACUAUGGAAACACACCAUAUUAUCAGAGAAAUAUAUGACCAUCAUAAAGCACAUAGUUUUUUCCCCCAACAAAAAGGAACAGAAAGUAAUUUAGUAUUCAACCACGUUUCAAAUUUCACACUUAAAUAAGGUAUUAUGAAUUUAUGGAUAAUGCCACUAGUCUAGAGAGGAAAUAUACCGUGACAAUG